AUGUCAGGGCAACCUGGGGACAAUGUCUUACGAGGCAUCAAUCUUGCAUGCUUUGCCAUCACGAUGCUGCCUAUCGCCUAUGUGACAUUCGUCAGCUUCUAUCGCGUACGCAGCGAUAAAGAUCCGGCACGGACAGCCUUCAAAUAUCUGAAGGUCAUGUUGCCGUUGGCACUCCUUGCCCUCCUCGUGUACACGAUAUCAGGUGCUCUCGCGUUGAUAGCUACCGGCGUGGACUGGUACAUCUUGUUCCGGGUUUCUAUACACAUGAACCUGCUAGGAGGCCUCUUCUUCCACCUUGUUGACUUACUUCUGGUCAUGACACUGGUGGAGAGGGUGAUGCGGUAUGCUGCCAUUAUGUCAUGCGCCAUUCUUGCCGUGAUCGCAAUUGUUGCCUUUGGCAUCAUAAGCGCCUCAGUGGCACUCUUUUCCAGCCCCGGCUCAGACUGGACCGACUUCGAAAAACUAUGGAAGGCGGGCGAGAAGCUGUAUGCUGCCUUCAACAUCCUUCUAUUUGUUUGGGCUGGGGUUCUGAUGGGUUUCUCCACGCACGUCUACAACAAGGCCAGGCGCAGUCGUGUCUUAGGAAAUUCCUCGGUGCUGUUCCUCUACGCCGCUAUUCUGAACUUGUUGACCCGCUUGUAUUCCCUCAUCUACGUGUCCCUCUUCCUCCUCGCGCACGUCAAGAUCUAUAUUCCGUCUAAGACCUGGACUGCCCUGUCGAUCGUCGGUCCGAUCCUCACCGCAUGGAUAUACGCCACGAUUGUAGCUAUCAUUGUCACCAUCGCUGUCCGAAAGCACAAUGGAAUCUGGACCACUGUGCAGUCGUGGACGGAGGAGGAGAGGCGCCCUCUCCUUGCCACAGGCUCCAAUGCCACGGGUGUGGACGAGCACUUGCCGGAGGCAUCUAGCGGUGCAGUAGCUACCUGA